GGGGGAAGGGGCGUAGCGUUCCGUGGGUUUGGGACAGACGAGGCWUUUUGGAGCUUCCAGUUGGAGCUCGCGGGCUGGACACGGAGGGCAGGCUCUCCCCGGGAGGACAGACUGACGGCCCCGGUGAGAGGAAGAUGAAGGUCCUGCUGGCGCUGAUGAUGCUGUUUGCCUGCAGUGUGUUCACAGCUCACGGGAAGCACCCGCGCGCGUUCACACCGGGACUCGAGGGAAGCACCGUAGGAAACCUGACUGCCCAUGGAUGCUACUCGGGACGGGGCACCUCGAGGGACCGGUGCUGCCUGCUCCGAGCCUGCUGCUAUGCCCGGCUGGCAGCUCGGCGCUGCCCCGUGGGACCCGCUCAGUCCCUCUCGGCRGCCCGGCCAGGGAUCCCCGCCUGCAGGACGGGGACGYGGUGCCAGCGAGGCGCCUGCAGGUGCGAGCGAGCGGCGCGCCUGUGCCGGAUGCAGCAGCUUCGCCGCCGCGCCAAGUGCCGGGGACGAGCCGGCCGCUGCUGAAGCGAAAAUCGCCUUUGCAAAACCACCUCCGGGCUGAUCCGCGAAAGGGACGGCGCCAGCAGCGCUUCCCAGCCCUGGCGAGUCUGCUCCUCGCGGCUUUUUGGCUUCCAGGCCAGGACAACAACCCUCCGGUGAAGUCGCGUCACGGGAUCGGAGGAGGGGGAGCAGCGCUGACGCGAUGUUCCAGCACAGCAAAACAGCGGAGGGAUGGAAGGACACAUGCCCCUCGGCCUGGGGACGGGCGGGAUGGCUCCCCUCGACAGCCUGUCCGCUCCCUCCGCUCCCUGCUUCACCGCAAAUCCCCUCCUGUUGCUCCAAAAUAAACCCAGAGAGCCCAAAGCAGCGGUUCCCGGCGUGCCGUGACUCAGCUGAGCCCAGAGACCACCCCUCACCUCUCGGGUUUCCUGUUGAARUACCCAGAAAAAAAUGACACUUGAGAGGCGACACAACUCACCCCUGAACUGCCCCAGCUUAGCUCUAAACCUUCAGGC